AUGAUGCGACGCACAUCGUCGACGCCUUCAUCUAGGCUUCUCCUCUUCCUGCUGCUCCUACACACCUUGACCCUGGCGUCAGCUGCCUCGGAUCUCGCUGCCCACCGCCGCCGCCGCUACGCUACCAUCCCACUCGACCAGUCGCCCAACAACACCGCCCUCCUCCUCCUCCUCCCUCGCUUCCUCCUCGACGCCUCGCUGCCUGUGCUCCGCGCGCGCGCAGAUGCCUGCGGCGACGACCGCCACGCGUGCGAGGAGAUUGGCCAUCCGGACACCUGCUGCGCCAACGACCGGUACUGCUACGUCAACCGCGACCGCGACCCAAAGUGCUGCCCCAUCGGCUCCAACUGCGCCGGCGACUCGCCCUGCUCCAGCGAUGCCUGGUACUGCACGCGCACGCAGGCCAUCACCACCGCGUGGGACAGCGGCGAGGCAACGCCCGUCCCCGUCGCUGGCUGUUGUCCACGCAAGUGUCCCGCCACGAGCCGCUACCUCUGCCCCGAGGACCAGGGCGGGAAAUGCUGCCCGUACGAUUCCGAGUGCCGCGCGGGCAACUGCGUCGAGACGGCCAAGCCGAGCGCCAGCCGUUUCCUGACGCCCAUCCAGGAAGGCUGCACCACGCGGCAGUACAAGUGCAAGGAUGGCCAGGGGUGCUGCGACGACGACCAGCGCUGCACGGCGGUCGAUGGCACGGGGUACUGCGCGCCGGGUCUUCCUACGCAGAGCGGCAUCGUGAUUAUCGGUGAAGGGGACGAUGAUGACGGCCUGUCGGAUAGCGCGACGGCUGGCAUAGCCGCUGGCGUCGUCAUCGGCGCGGCUCUCGCCGUGGGCGUCAUGGCGUGGGUGUGUAUCCGUAAACGCAGAGAGCGCAGAGCACGCACGCUCCAGGGCGACAGUGGCCCUCGGGACGGCACCGACAUGUCGGAGACCACGGCAGCAGCGGCCGUGAGACCUGGGCACAACAGCAACAACCAUGGGCCGACGCAGGAGUAUUUUGGCUCACAUCCGGCGGCCGGCCCCUAUACAGAGGAAGGCCUGCAGGACCAGACGCCAGGAUCGCAGGCGGCGUCACCGCCGCUGGCACCGCAGUCCGCAGUGCCUAGGCAGCCCCAGGAGCCUGGGGACAUGGCUGCGCCGGUGGAGAUGGACUCGGAGACGACGAGCGACGCGACGCGGUCACCGGUGUUUGGGGCCCGCCCAACAACAUACUAUGGGCAGCACCACGAGGGCGAGCAGACCAUUGAUGGGAGGUUCGAGCUCUAUGGCUCCUACGAGCCAGAGCCACCCCCUCCCAGGUCACCGUCCAUCAUGGCCACACCGGUAGGCUACAAGCCGCGCAAGUACGAUGAGCAUUGA